CUGGGCUGCAUCUCCACCACUCUCCCCAAAGCCAUGGCCAAUGCCCUCUGGGACACCAGGGACAUCUCCUAUGCAGGAUGUGUUGCCCAGACCUUUCUGUUUGUCUUUCUCAUGUCAGCAGAGUAUUGCAUUCUCACCAUCAUGUCCUAUGACCGCUACGCUGCCAUCUGCAAGCCCCUGCACUACGGGACCUUGAUGGACAGCAGAGCUUGUGCCACCAUGGCAGCAGCUGCCUGGGGCACUGGGGCUCUCAAUGCUGUAUUGCACACUGCCAACACAUUUUCACUGCCUCUGUGCCAGGGCAAUGCUGUGGAUCAGUUCUUCUGUGAAAUCCCCCAACUCCUCAAGCUCUCCUGCUCAGAAUCAGACUACCUCAGGGAAAUUGGGCUUAUUGUCUGUAGUGUCCUUGUCUUAUUUGGAUGCUUUGUUUUCAUUGUUGUGUCCUAUGUGCAGAUCUUCAGGGCCGUGCUGAGGAUGCCCUCUGAGCAGGGACGGCACAAAGCCUUCUCCACGUGCCUCCCUCACCUGGCCGUGGUCUCCCUCUUUGUCACCACUGGCUUUUUUGCCAAUCUAAGGCCCCCCUCCCUUUCCUCCCCAUCCCUGGAUCUGUCUGUGGCAGUUCUGUACUCGGUGGUGCCUCCAACACUGAACCCCCUCAUCUACAGCAUCAGGAACCAGGAGCUUAGGGAUGCAGUGAGGAAAAUGAUGUCAUGGUCACAUUUCAGCAGGGAUAAACUUCUAACCUGUCUCUACAUAUGA